AUGAAUACUGUUGCUGUUAUUGGCGCCUCUUAUGGCGGAAACCGUGCUGCUCAACUUCUGUCUAAGGAACUGCCUGAAGGCUGGCGGAUAGUACUAGUGGACAGAAACAGCCACAUGAACCAUCUAUACGUCUUCCCGCGGUUUGCUAUUCUUCCCGAGCACGGGCAUAAGGCGUUCAUCCCCUACACUAAUCUCCUCGUCAAGUCCUGCCCCGAAGACAUGCAGCGACACGCUUUUCUGCACGCGUAUGUUACGUCCAUUGAUAUGCACUCCCUAACGCUCUCGUGUGCAUUCCCAGAACACGGAGUCAAUGAGAAUGACCGGACAUUGCACUUCGACUACUUGGUGUAUGCGCUCGGGAGUCAUCUGCCUGCUCCUAUCAACGUGUGGGGCUCUGUUGAUACUGAGGCGGAGAAGGAGAACACAAUCGUUCAUGAUGGGACCAAAGCGAAGGGCAUAAGCUGGCUGAAACGCUUUCGGGGCAUGGUUGAGCGCACAAAUAGCGUGUUAGUCGUCGGUGGUGGCGCGCUCGGGAUCCAGUAUGCAACGGACACUGCUGAGGUCUGGCCUAAUAAGCGUGUCACACUGCUUCAUUCCCGCAAGCAACUCCUGCCUCGCUUCGACGAAGCUAUGCACGAAGAGAUCAUAACCACUCUGUCCGAGUUGAACAUUAAAGUGAUACUCGGAGAACGGUUGGACCUGUCAGCUCCGCCCAAGAUUGUUGUCAAUGAGAGCGGUAUGGAAGAGCGUAUUGCCAGGACACGAAGUGGUAGAGCGCUCCACACCGGCGUCGUGGCGAGUGGCAUAAGUUCUACUCGCCUACAACCAGGGCCUAACAUUCGCCUACAUAGCUCCUCUGCACCGGUCAAACGCCCAACGGAUCUGCUUCGCGAAGCGCUUCCCGACGCUAUCGUUCCUGACGGCCCCUCGAAGGACAUGGUUCGCGUGAGCCGGACAAUGCAAGUUGCGGUCUGCCGGCAGACGCGGGAAGCACAAGAGGAUGCGUCCGUAGAAGGGCUGCAGGAUGUGCUCGCACGCGUUUCCAUAGCCGAGUCAUUUGCUCCCACCAGCCUUGCAGUACCGGAGGAGGUCGAAGUCCCGUACCCGCACUUAUUCGCAGUUGGCGACGUUGCUGAUGCGUUCGGCGCGAUCAAGGCGGGACACACUGCGCAUUACCAGGCGGAGGUCGCUGCUCGGAAUAUCCUUACGCUGAUCCAGCAGGAAAUGUCCCCGAGCCAUCCGGCGCCUAAACUCGAGCAUUAUGCUCCAGGCGCACCUGCUAUCAAGCUUUCCUUGGGUCUUUCGCAAGCCGUGUAUCAGGUCCAAGGUGUUGUCGGACGCAAGACUGACGUAUCGGCUGACCGCGAUGCGCUUUCAAUGUGGAACUACUACGGCAUCAAUCCAACGGAGGAGACGAUGUGCCUAUAGAACUGUUUUGAUGAACGCAUAACUCAAAGUACGAUACUUUUGC